UUUCUCAGUCUGGUUCCUCAUUGGUCCUACCUGGUGGCCACGCCCAGAAUCCUUGGGGGCGGCGUUCCCCCGUCAGUGUCGGUCACUGUCCUGAAUCAGCCGGCGGUCAACGUGUCCAUUCGCAUCAUCCACGGAGACGAGACGGUGUCUUCAAAGUCCACCGUGGUCCAAGGAGGUUCCACAGAGCUGCUGACGCUGGAGCCGAUCAACGGUGACAGUGACUCCGCCUACGUCCUGGAGGUCAAAGGUCAUGUGGGCGGAGUUGAAGUUUUCUCCAAUCAAACUGAGCUUCAGUUUGAGUCCAGAUGUUCUCACACCUUCAUCCAAACGGACAAAUGGAAGUACGGACCUGGACAGAAGGUCAGGGUCCGAGCGGUGACGGUCAACGCUGACGGGACACCGUCCACCGGCAAAGUGGACAUCCACGUCAAGGACCCUCGUGGGAACCUGGUCAGACAGUGGACGUCAGUGGACAGUGUCCUCGGGGUCGCGACCUUAGAGUUCCCUCUGUCUGAACAUCCUCCUCUGGGAGAGUGGACCGUCCACGUCAACACCAACGGCGUCUCCACUGACAAACAUUUUAUGGUGGCUUUUUACGAGCUGCAGAAGUUUGAGGUUCUGAUUGACGUUCCACCGAAGAUCUACCAUGAAGACACAUUGACUGGAGUGGUCCGGGCCAGGUACCUGCACGGAGAACCAGUCCAGUACGGACACCUGAACAUAACAUUUAUCCACGGAUACCAGACCAACGACGACAGCACAGAGUUUGAUGGACAGUACACUUUCACAUAUGAGUCGAAUGACUACGACUACGGAAUGCACAAAAGAGAUCUGAGUAAAAUGAUGAUGUACGACGGAGGAUUCCACCACGACGACGUCCAGAUUAUCGCACAUGUCACCGAUUUUCUCACAGGUUUUACGUAUUCCACCACAGCUGCCGUCCAUUUGGCCAGAGACAGAUUUAAACUGACCUAUGAGGGCCACCCCAGGAUACUGCGUCCAGCCAUGACCUUCUACACCACGAUCAAACUGUCCACCUUCGAUGACCAGCCGCUGUCCGUGGAUGACCGCUCGAUGACCGUCCACGUGUCAGUCAUCCAGGAAACGAACAGCCCCUGGGGGUGGGAGCACAUGCAACGGACGGGCCGUCAAUCAAACUGGACCCACGCCCAACAGAUGGACCACAUAAUGGACGGAACGAAGACGGAGGAGGUGGAACUUCCUGUUGGAGCCGACGGCCUGAUCCCACUGUACAUCCACAUCAGGAACGACACCAGAACACUCACCAUCGAUGCGUCUUUUCAGGACGCCCAUGAGACGCUACGACUCUACGCCAGUUACGAAUCGCCCAGUAACUCCUACGUGCAGAUUAAAAAACCCUCCAAAGUUCCAACGGUGGGUUCAGCGCUCAGACUGAAAAUACAGAACAACUUCGACCUGACUGAGAUCCACUACAUGGUGAAGGUCAAAGGUCGGCUGGUGUCUGCUGGGAAAACCACAGGUGAUCUGACCCUGUUCCCACAAUCCACCUGGGCACCUGUGGCCUGCAUCAUCGUCUUCUGUGUCCUUCCAAACGGCGAGAUCGUCAACGAUGUGAUGCAUCUGCCGAUCGAAGUAUCUUUACAGAACGAGGUGUCUCUCAGCUUCAGUGACUCGAUGAAAAAACCAGGACAGGAAGUCACUCUGACGGUGUCAGUGGCUGAACCCGGGUCACUGGUCGGGAUCCUGGUGUCGGACAAAGCGACGAAGCUGGACGGACCGGACAACGACCUCACUAAGGAAUCGAUACUAGAGGAAAUAAUGGAAUACAGCGAACACAAAGACCAACAGCUGUCUGCGAUGCUGCAGAUGGGAGAUCCGUACUCUGUGUUCAUGACAUGUGACCUGUUGGUUUUGACCGACGCCUCCCUCCACAUGGAGGAAAACCACCUGGAGCUCGGAUUACCAGGGGAGGGAAUUAUGAUGCUAGAUUUGGAAAGUUCAGACGGACCCCCUGAGCCACCGGCGCGAACGUACUUUCCGGAAACGUGGAUCUGGAUGGACGUCAACACAGGUGUUUCAGACAAAGUGAACGUUUCUCUGACGGUCCCUGACAGCAUCACCACGUGGACCGCCACCGCCUUCGUCAUGUCGGAGAACCUGGGCCUGGGUGUGGUCCAGCGUCCUGCACAGCUCACUGUUUUCCUGGACUUCUUCAUGUCCUUGAACGUCCCACCCUUCGUGAUCCGAGGGGAGGAGCUUCUGCUGGAGGUGGUUCUGUUCAACUACCUCCCACAGGAUCUGAAGGUCAUGGUCUACGUUACCGAGAGCAACGCCUUCGAGUUCCUGGCGGCGGACAAUGAUACAUGGAGCAUGCCCGGUGUUCGCCAUGUUUUGGUGGGGAGUCAGAAAGGCGUCAACGUCCACUUUCCCAUCAGGCCUCUGGUCCUCGGAGAUGUCCCCAUCCACGUCAAGGCCAAGUCCACGGUGGCGUCGGACUAUGUCAUCAAAACACUGCUCGUCAAGCCUGAAGGUGUGGAACAGUCCUUGGUGGUCUCCAGGUUGUACCAGCUCUCUGCCUCCCAGUGGACCAUAACAGACAACGUGGACUUCAAGUUCCCGUCCAACGUGGUGGACGGCAGCGAGAGGGUGAUGGUGACCGCCAUGGGGGACAUCCUGGGCCCGUCCAUCAGCGGUCUGGACUCUCUGAUCCAGAUCCCUUAUGGUUGUGGGGAACAGAACAUGAUCAACCUGGCGCCGAACAUCUACGUCCUGCAGUACCUGAAGGCCACGGACCAGGCCGACCCGGAUACCACCAACAAGGCCAUUGCCUACAUGACCCAAGGGUACGAGCGGGAGCUGUCCUACCAGAGGGAGGACGGGUCCUUCAGCGCCUUCGGAGACUCUGAUCCAUCUGGAGGAAGCACCUGGUUGUCGGCCUUUGUGCUCAGGUGUUUCCUUCAGGCCAUGGAGUUCAUCGCUGUGGACCCUCAGGUGCUCCAGGACGUGGCGCUGUGGUUGGCGUCGCAGCAGGGGGCUGAUGGGAGUUUUGAGGAGGGGGGCCGGGUCAUCCACACGGAGCUGAUGGGUGGUCUGGACGGACCCGUGUCCCUGACGGCGUACGUCCUCAUCGCUCUGCUGCAGGAUGACGCCAUCAAGGCUCAGUACUCCUCCCAGGUGUCGUCGGCCGUCUUGUUCCUGGAGGAGCGCCUCGCUGUGGGCGUGGCCAGUAACUACAGCCUCAGCCUGCUCAGCUACGCCCUGGCGCUGUAUGGAAGCACCAAUGCCAACGCGGCACUGAACGAACUGAUGGGACGAGCCCACGUCACAGAUGGUGUCCCGAUGUGGUCGUCGCCGAGCAGCGGCGUGUCGUCGUCAUGGCAACCUCGCUCCGGGGACAUCGAGCUGGCGGCGUACGUCCUCCUGUCCCAUCAUGCACUGGGGCGGAUGGUGGAAGCAGUGGAACUGAUGAAGUGGCUCAGUAAACAGAGGAACGGCUUCGGAGGAUACGGAUCCACACAGGACACUGUGGUUGCUCUUCAGGCUUUAUCCACCUUCUUAUCAGAAAAACCAUCGUUUGAAACCAACAUCAGAAUCAACGUCAAAGAGGACGACUUCUCGACCGUGGCCUUCUUCCACAUCCACCAGAACAACCUGCUGCUCCACCAGACACAGCAGAUUGAAGCUGAAGAUGAACUAAAUCUGACGCUGAAGGCCGAAGGUCAGGGCAUCGCCAUGGUUCAGGUGAUCGUAUUUUACAACAUCAGAGACGAAGAGCCAAUGAGGAGGAAGCGCCACACCCACCCAGACGAGGCGUUCGAGUUGCACCUCGAAGUGUUCGACUCAAACGAUGCGGUUCUUCUGUACAUCUGCACCAGUCUGGUCCAGGGUCUGGGCCUGGAUGCCACAGGGAUGGCCAUCAUGGAGGUGGGGCUUCUGAGCGGCUUCAGACUGUCCGACCACAAACACAUGUUGGAACAGGGUGUGAGGAAGGUGGAGACGCAGCCGGGGAAGGUCAUCCUCUACCUGGACUCCGUGACGACGGACCACAUGUGCAUCAUGAUGCACACGGUGCUGGAGUUUAAAGUCGGCAAAGUCCAGGAGGCGGCGGUCAUCAUUUAUGAUUAUUAUGAACCAACGCGUCGUGCUGUGUCGUCCUACUCGUCUGAUUGGAGGAAGGACAUGACCACCUGUUACUACUGCAGCGACCACGGAGACUGCAGCCGCUGCAGCGGAGGAGACGACUACUACGACUACUACGACUACUACGACCACCAGCUGACGGCAGACGCGCGCCUGUCGGCAGGCUCCGCCCCCCCGCUGCUCCUCCUCCUCUUCAUCGCCCUCUGUCUGUGAACAGAGCACACAGGUGGAGUCAUGUGACCACGGCUGCACUUCCAUCAUGUUUAACUGUAGUGUACAAAUGAUCUGUGAUUUAGUGGUUUUAUCUGCGUUCCAGUUGGAUUCUGACACUUUUGGACUAAACUGUAAAGUGGAAUGAACGUGUUUGGGUUUGGCACAGUCAUAUGCAAAAAUAUUUGUAUGAAAUCUGGACAUUGUAGACAUGCUCCUUCCAAGAAUGUCUACGAACUCCAGAUUAAGCUGAGUUUACUUAAAAAAUCUGAGGUAACUCGUUACCUUCAAAAAUUUCAAUAAUGAGUAAUGAAAAGUUGAGUGGAUUAAACUGAAAUGCUUGAUUUGAAUGGAAUUGUUAUUUUAAGAACAACACACUAAAUGCCAAGUUAAUUUAACUAAAAAUUUGUUGCCAUGUCAGUUUCUUUGUAUAAUCAUCAGACUUAACAUCAUCAGUUCAUUUUACUCAAUUCCAAGUAGAUUUAAAUUAAACGUAUUGCGAUAUAAAUUACUUUGUUAAACAAGUGUUCAGAGAAGGCAGACUUCCUCCUUCACCCUGAACGGUGUGCAUGUGUGGACCCACUGUUUCUGUUUAGAUUCAGCAGUUUCCAGGUUGUUCCAUACAGCAGAAAACUUGUGGUCAAACAUGGUAAUAAAAAAUAACAAAAGUCAGCAGAGCGUAACGGAACAGAAACAGAGCGGAACGAUAUUUGGUACAAAGUUGAAUCUGGUCCCAGUCAUGUGUCUGUCCAAUUAGAUUCAAUUCACAUCCAUAUUAGUUGAGUUCUAGUUUUAAAUGUGUGGGAAAUGGGAUUU